CUACCUAGCCCGAAGUAUCUUGCCAUCCGUGCUGCUUGUUGUCGCAUUGCGCGCAUGUCUGGUGCUGCGGAGUACCUCCAUAUCAUACUUCGCGAUAUGGAGGAGUUCCAGGUCCUAUCUGAAGAUGGUGCGUCUGCUGACGUCCUCACGUACGCUCUCCAUCGCCUUGUAGAGCCUGAUGCCCCGUACCGCGCAAAUGACACUUGA